AUGACUGCCGAAGAGCUUCAGAGGAACCAAGCUGCGAGGUUCUCUGUCAAAAAUGCCCCGGGAGUUGUGAGACUUGAACUGCUCCGAGAGCAAGACUUCGGCUCACUGGAGCUUGUUCACUGGAGCUCGCGAAGAGCGCAGCACACGCUCGAUCCUAAAAUACCUAACCCCGAAGAUCCCUCCUUUCGCCCCCAAGAAACCACGGAGGCUAUGGCGAUCAGGGCAGAAUUGUUCCUGAAUGACUUCAUCCUCCCACACUUUGCCAGUGCAGAGAAUGCCCGAGAAAGUGAGCAGGAAUGCGUUGCGGUCGUUUCCCAUGGCCUGUUUCUGUCCGUGCUGUGGCAGACACUGCUGAGGAAAUUUCGUACCAGUAGUAUCACUCUGGGCCCCAAUGUUGAGACCGGAGGCUACAAUCGUCCCUUGGAGCACCUGCCGUCGUGGACCAACACUGGGUUUUUAGAGGUCACAAUCCAGCGACCUGUGGCAGAGAGGGCUGAUCAACCUCGGAUUCAGCAGCAUUCGAUAUUGAUGAAUAUCCACUCAUCCGCACUGAGCGGAUAUUCCAUGACCGUCCACGGAGUCAACAGCAGAGGCCACCUGGUGGAUCUGAAGCGGACCAGGGGCGGGUUGGGAUCAUCUCCGCAUGACGUGAAGCAGCAGAGUCUGGAUGGUUUCUUCAAGCGUCCCAAACCCAAUGGCCCCGCCCCAUGA